CAAGCCUGCUAAGCUCUCCACCCACUCCGUCGAAUCAAAUCAUCGCCAAUUGCACUCUUCUCGCUUGCGUCAUGAUCGGUGUUCAAUUUGGCAAGAAGGAUAUAGUUCGGAUUGAUAAAAGAUGAAGUUGUGUAGUUCUGCUCUGCCUAAACUCGCGCAGUCCCUUUUGACGCAGUUCCAAAAGGUUCUUUGGGCAUGGGAUGGAGGCGAUGUUGACAAAGACAGCACAGGAGUCACACGCCGGGCAUGGAAACUCCUCGGCGUUAUCUGUCGCAUUAUCGAGCCUGCUCGAACUUAUUACUAUGUUUCUCCAUCCGCCAAGAAGCGGAACCUGGAGAUGUGCAGGAAGAUUCACGAGCGAGCGAGAUCAUCCCAAGAUCGCUUGGAUUUGUUGAGAGCUUUGCAAAAUGCACUGCAUUUCAUGUUCGCUACUGCUGGAGUAUCUCGGGACCCUGCCCAGUUGUGGGAUUGGCAAUUUUGCCCCGCUAAACAACAUACGUUCAUCAAGUGCCUCAUCACAUGCAUGGACGGUUUGAUGCCUUACAGUUUACGCCACGUCGCUCUUCGCGCUAUACACAGCGUCCGACAAGACAUGACAUCGAUUCAUGCGAACAAUGAUGCGAGUCUACGCGACAUGGUUUUGACCGAGCUCUCCCCCGCUAUUCUGACCGCGGUUUGUCCGCGACCAGGUGUAACACCCUUUGAUAAUGGCCCUGAUCGCAUUUUCGACCAUCGCCGCGACUGGUUCUAUCUCGAACUGGUUUUUGCCCUCGCGAGGAAUUCCAACUGGCACUCCCAUUUGUCUGAGGAUCACCAUAUAGAUCGGUGCAUUAGCAUGAUUUCAGCUUGCCGCUCAAAGCCGCAUGCAUUUUACCUAGCCGGCAUACUCCUACACAUUGCAUCUGAACAGCGGUCGCCCAUGUCGCUCGAUUCUAUCACAGAGCAGCAGUGGUGGGAAGUGAUGAGGAGUGCAUGGAUGCAUGCAUACGAUCAAAUUGACGACAUGCGCUGUAUCGAGUUCCUUCCCAAACUUGUGGAAGGCACGAAGAGGUGUAUGCAGGUUGCUGCGAAAUUUGAUCUCGAGCAGUUCAUCAGGCAUGUGGGCUAUACUCUCGAUACACUGGAGAGGCGAGAUUCAGAGCUGGGAGAGCAGGGAAAGCAGGGAGAGGGGGUCGCCAUUGCUGUGAAAGAGCUUAGGACUGUGGCCAGCGACAUGCUUGAGAGGUUGGUCAAAAGUGAUGAAGUUGUUGGUCUCUGGUGCUAGGGUCCUGCGACCAGAGGAAGGGAUGGCGCAAUGCGAUUGUGGAAGGGGAUCACCUUUAGAAUUCGAAAGACGUGCAAGCUCAUCGUUCGGGAUUCCGGAAGACAGAAAGAGCGGUUCCGAAAUUGGUCAGCAUCAUGCGUCAGCUGUAAUCAGCACUUUUACUUCUACUUGUCAUUUCUGAGAUUCUGUUAGUCACUCGUUGAAUACGUAGCUAGCCGAGGCAAAGCCGAGGGGUAUAUAAAGUCAGUACUCUUUCCCUAUCCCACACGCAAAAUCGGCACCGAUGAUGUCUCUGCCAUCGGCUUUGGCGCGAUGGGCUUAGGAGCAUAUUACGGUCAGACUGG